GUCCCCAGGGUGGUGGGACUGCCACUGCCUGUCUCCUGCAGACAUCAUGGCUGACAAGGAGGGGGUGAUGCUGUCACUGGAGGAGGAGGAGGAUGCCGACGUGGCCCUGGCGUACAAGACGCCGGAGAAGAAGAGCCUGCAGGAGAUCCAGGAGCUGGACCCGGGGGACGAGAGCCUGCACAAGUACAAGCAGGCACUGCUGGGUGCCAUCCCCGCUGCCCUGGAUGCCAGGGUGCCCAACGUGCAGGUGACGAGGCUCACCCUGAUGUGUGAGCAGGCACCGGGGCCAAUCACCAUGGACUUGACAGGAGACCUGGAGGUGCUGCGGGGCCGGGCUUUUGUGCUGAAGGAGGGGGUGGACUACAGGGUGAAGGUGUCCUUCAAGCUCGGGGACGCGGUGCCUGCCGGCCUGGGGGACACCCGGGGCUGA